ACAGCGCACUAGAGGCGGGACUCAGACGGUUAGAGGUUCUGGCGCGCACAGCUAGAGCUGCGGCUCAGCUUGCGACAGCGAUGUCGGUGUUGAGGCCGCUGGACAAGUUGCCUGGCCUGAACACGGCCACCAUCUUGCUGGUGGGCACGGAGGAUGCCCUUCUGCAGCAGCUGGCGGACUCGAUGCUCAAGGAGGACUGCGCCUCCACGCUGAAGGUCCACUUGGCAAAGUCCCUCCCUUUGCCCUCCGAUGUGAACCGGCCCCGAAUUGACCUGAUUGUGUUUGUGGUUAACCUUCACAGCAAAUACAGCCUCCAGAACACAGAGACAUCCCUGCAGCAUGUGGAUGCCAACUUUUUCUUGGGGAAGGUUUGCUUCCUCGCCACAGGUGCUGGGCGGGAGAGCCACUGCAGCAUUCACCGGCACACCAUCAUGAAGCUGGCCCACACCUACCGAAGCCCCCUGCUCUUCUGUGACCUAGAGGUGGAAGACUUUCGGGCCACCAUGGCCCAGCGUCUGGUGCACAUGCUGCAGAUCUGCGCCGGCCACACGCCUGGUGUCUCAGCCCUGAACCUGCUGUCUCUGCUGAGGAGCUCCGAGAGCCCCUCCCUGGAGGACCUGUGAGGAUGGUGACAACAGUGGUAUCAGUGUGGUGACAAUAGCGUGGUGCUGGCUUCACAAACAUUCCCUGUCGGGGAAGACUGGCCAGGGCUCUACAGGCCCUGUGUCAGCCAGCCAGUGGACUGGCAGGUUCCCUGCAGGGCCAG